AUGCCCUGGCGCUGCUGUAAGGGAUGCGGGAUGCGAAGCUGGAGCCGGAAGUCCUCGGAAGAAGAGGAGGAGGAGGAUAUUAAGGAUGUAGCUGGCACGUGCGAAGAAGACGAACCGUGGCAGGGGGCUCAGCGAGAUUGGCAGGGCGAAGCUGGAGCCCGACGUUCCUACGCUAAUGCGCUUCGACCAGCGCGUGCGAGAGAGGCGAGCAGUGGCAGCAGAUCUUCUCAGCCUCCUCAAACUGAUGAUGAUAAUGACCAGUACGAUGUAGCUGGCGCGUGUGGGGAAGGCGAGCGGUGGCUCAGGGCUCUGUCGCUGCUCAGCGAGAUUGGCGGGGCGAAGCUGGAACCCGACGUCAUCAGUUAA